GGGUGGGCGGGUUGCGUCGCUCGCCGAUGCUUCUUCAUUGUACUCCGUGGCUCCGUACCUGUCGCGGUGUAGCUGACUGAGGUUUGCGAUAGCUGACGCAGGGAGGUAGCGGGAACUGUCUUGGGGUAGCGGUUAGCCAGUGCGUUCCUGUAAGACAAGGCGGGGCGAUUCCGGAAUGUCUGCGACUUCAGGACCGAAAAACCCAUUUAACGUGGAGAUGAAGAAGGACAAGCGGCUGAGACUCCUAAUACAGGUCCUGAUGGUGAUGGGGGCGAGUUUGGGCCACUCGGCUAUAGCCAUCAUCGCAGCGUUCCCGAACCCAGCCAUCACCGACCUUCGAAAAGACAACACGACGAUCUACGGCAACGCAAUGCCUCUGUCUACUUGGCAAAUGGACUUGAUGGGAAGUCUGGUCGCCGCCGGAACCAUGCCGGGGACCCUCCUGGGCGGGUGGCUGGUGGCAUUCAUAGGACGAAGGACGUGCAUGAUGAUGCUUGCGGCGCCCUACGCGUUGUCGUGGAGCUUAGUGGCUUUUGCUGCUAAUCCGACAGUCAUGCUCAUUGGCAGAUUUUUAAGCGGCAUAUGCUACGGCGUCACAACUGUGGCUGGCUCCACGUACAUAAUCGAACUGCCUGACCUCCCAAUCAGAGGCGCCCUAGCAGCCAUCCCCACCAUAUUCUUCGGCCUAGGCCUAGUUCUGACUGUGGGCUGUGGAAUGAUCAUGAGGUGGUUCGCGAUCCCCUUCGUCGCCUACGCCGUGAUGCUCCUCUGUUGCAUCAUCAUGUACUUCCUCCCGGAGAGCCCGACGUACCUCGUCGUCGCCGGCAAGGAGGACGAGGCGGCCAAGAUCCUCAAGGGCCUGAGAGGCCCGGACGCCGACAUCCAGCAGGAGAUCAAGAGCCUGCAGGACUGCAACGAGGGCAAGGCGGACGAGCCCGUCUGGCGGUUGCUGCUGCAACGCGACGUCCUAAGGCUGCUCGUCAUAUCCAUGAUCCUCUUCUUCAUCCAGAACUUCUCCGGGCUGAACGUCAUGUACUUCAACACGACGCGCAUAUUCCUGGCCUCCGGGUCGACCUUCGACGAGAAUCUGGCGACGAUCCUGGUCUUCCUCCUGAAGCUCGGGGGGACUUUCGUGGCCAUCUAUUACCUCGACCGCAUCGGCAGGAGAGUCUGCAUGAUUCUGUCGCUCAGCAUCAUGGCCGCCUGUCUCUUCACCAUGGGCACUUAUCUCCACAUCAAAGGCAAUCCCGCAGAGCCGAAUGCUACCAUCAGCAGCAAUGAGUCGACGUCGGAUUUGCUAGCACAGACAGACGCCCCAGAUGCACAAGAGGGCAAAUCAAACGAAUAUCUGCCGCUAGUGUGCCUAACUGUAUACAUGUUUGCAUCAUGCAUCGGAGCUCACCCCGUCCCAUGGAUUAUAAGCACGGAGUAUUUCCCCACUAUCAUUAGGGGACAGGCCUCAUCCCUCUGUGUCAUGGUAUGCAGCCUGUUCAACUUCGCGGUCCUGCAACUAUACACGCCGAUGCAGGAAGCACUCACCAUGGCUGGGCUGUACUGGUUCUACGCCACCGUCUCCAUCCUCGGCGUCUUCUUCUGCCUCGUCUUCGUCAACGAAACUAACCAGAGAGCUGUCGGCUAAAAAUAAGAGAGAGAAAAUAAAACGAAUGCCAAUGAUAUUACUAAUGAAUAAUGACGGUUGGUUUUAGAUUAAAUUUCCAAAACGUAACUGCGA